CCCCGCGCCCGGAGACGCGUGAUGGUGUUCUUGGGGCACCUGCCGGAGACAGGCCGGGUGGACCGGGAGCCCCGAGAAGCAGAGGCCAGCCCCGGGAUGCAGAGAUGAGGCCUCUGGGGGCCCUGGCCUCCCUCCCGCCCGGGCGCUAGGAGCCGCGCCCAGGCCCCAGCCGGGAGCCCCACCGCCCGGGGGCAUGGCCAGACCCUUCCUCCGACUGCAGACGCUGCUGCGGCGCACGCAGGUCCUGCUGCUGCUCCUCACGGCCGCCUACCUGAUGACGGGCGGCCUGCUGCUGCUGCGGCGCGCCCGCGUGGCCCUCCCACCAGGGCCCCGAGCGCCCGGCCCCCUGCAGGCCUUGCCCGUGGCCGCCGUGGCACUGGGCGUGGGCCUACUGGACAGCAGGGCGCUGCAUGCCCCCCGCGUCAGCCCGGAGCUGCUGCUCGGCGUGGAUGUGCUGCAGAGGCCCCCGGCCCGGCCCCGGCCCGGCCCCCAAGGGCUCCGGAGCCGGAACUCGGAGCUGCGGCAGCUGAGACGCCGCUGGUUCCAGCACUUCAUGGGGGACCCCCAGGGGCCGCCCGCUCCGGGCCCUGAGGCCCCUAGGCCCGUGGCCAGCAGCCGAGGCACGUACAUCGGCUGCUUCAGCGACGGCGGCCGGGACAGAACCCUGAAGGGCGCCGUGUUCUUUGACUUGAGAAAGAUGACUGUCUCCCACUGCCAGGACGCGUGCGCUGAGCGGUCCUACGUGUACGCAGGCUUGGAGGCCGGGGCCGAGUGCUACUGCGGGAACCGGCUCCCGGUGACCAAUGUCGGGCCCGAGGCGUGUAACCACGAGUGCAAAGGGGAGAAAGGCUCCGUGUGCGGGGGCGUGGGCCGGCUGUCCAUCUACCGCGUGGAGGAGCUGCCGCCCGGCUCCAGGAAGCGGAGGACUGUCACGUACCGUGGGUGUUUCCGACUGCCAGAGAACGGCACCCACACCUUCCCGGACUCCCUGGCACAGGCCAACGCGACGGUGGACGCGUGCUCGGGGUUUUGUUCCCAGAAGGAGUUCCCCCUGGCCAUCCUGCGGGGCUGGGAGUGCUACUGUGCUUACCCCACACCUCAGUUCAGCCUCCGGGACGCCGUGGACAGCGCACUGUGUGGCCAGGAGCCCAAGGCACAGAGGCUGGCCGAGUACUGCGCGGUUUACCAGACGCCCGUGCAGGAUACUCGCUGCACAGACCGGCGGUUCCUGCCCACCAAGGCCAAGGUGUUUGUGGCUCUGUCGAGCUUCCCGGGAGCCGGGAACACGUGGGCACGGCACCUCAUCGAGCACGCCACUGGCUUCUACACAGGGAGCUACUACUUCGACGGGACCCUGUACAACAAGGGGUUCAAGGGCGAGAAGGACCACUGGCGCAGCCGGCGCACCAUCUGCGUGAAGACCCACGAGAGUGGCCGCAGGGAGAUCGAGAUGUUCGACUCGGCCAUCCUGCUGAUCCGGAACCCGUACCGGUCUCUGGUGGCCGAGUUCAACCGCAAGUGUGCCGGGCACCUGGGCUACGCGGCCGACCGAAACUGGAAGAGCAAAGAGUGGCCGGACUUCGUGCGCAGCUACGCGGCCUGGUGGUCCUCGCACGUGCUGGACUGGCUGCGGUUCGGCAAGCGGCUGCUGGUGGUGCACUACGAGGAGCUGCGGCACAGCCUGCUGCCCACGCUGCGGGAGAUGGUGGCCUUCCUCAACGUGUCCGUGAGCGAGGAGCGGCUGCUGUGCGUGGAGAACAACAAGGAGGGCAGCUUCCGGCGGCGCGGCCGGCGCCCGCACGACCCCGAGCCCUUCACCCCCGAGAUGCGGGCGCUGAUCGAUGGCUACAUCCGGACGGUGGACAAGGCGCUGCGCGACCACGGCGGGGCCGGGCUGCCCGGCGAGUACGUGCCCAGAUGACCGCCCGGCUGCUCCACCCGCACCACCUGGACGCUGCUCC